CUUGUUGCGUCCUCAAACCCUCGGGAGACUAGAUGAAGAUCUUCAGCGAACUGAAAUCCUCCGUCGCGUUUAAUCGGAGUGCUGCUAGAUAGAUUUUCAAGAUACCGAAAUGGUUAUUCCACCGCCUGUAAGACCACCGCGGCUGGCCGACUUCCUCAAACCCUACGUGCUUAAAAUGCACUUCACGAAUAAGUUUGUCCACGCUCAAGUCAUUCAUUCACCGACUGCCACCGUAGCAUCUUCGGCGAGCUCACAGGAGAAAGCCCUGAAGGGAAGCAUGGAAUCCACGCGUGACGUGGCGGCAGCUGCCAAGAUCGGGAAAAUCCUCGGGGAACGGCUCCUGAUGAAAGGUAUUCCGGCCGUGGCCAUAAACCUCAGGAGAGAUCAGAGGUAUCAUGGUAAAGUCAAGGCAGUCAUUGAUUCUGUCAGGGAAGCUGGAGUUAAGUUGCUCUAAUGACGAACAAGACCCUAAUCCCUAAUCUAAGAAUCCCAUUGUCUUUGAUUUGGGGCUCUGAAUCGAAAUUCUGGGGUUUUUGAGUUCUGAUGCAAAGAUCUGAAAUCUUCAUGCGAUAACGUUUUGUAGGUGUUUGUGUUAAUUAGAACAGAUUUGAUGGUACAAUAAUGCUGUCUCCUGCAUUGUUCUUCAGUUCAUCAACCACUACAAAAGCUGUUUAUCAUUUAUGUUAUAUCUCAAUAUUAUUUUUUGGUC